GUGCGAUCUUUUUCUGCGAUUCUCUUCGCAGACAAAUAAUAAAAGACCCACCUCUUCUUCUCGGGAGGCGAUAGGUAAAUUUGUCUGUUCUUAAACACGCCACAAUGUCAGACGGUCAUGAGACUGAUAAGAACAUUGAGAUUUGGAAAAUUAAAAAGCUUAUCAAAGCACUGGAAGCUGCUCGAGGUAAUGGCACAAGCAUGAUUUCGCUUAUCAUGCCUCCACGUGAUCAGAUUUCUCGUGUCACUAAGAUGCUUGGAGAUGAGUUUGGAACUGCGUCAAACAUUAAGAGCAGGGUCAAUCGUCAAUCUGUGCUUGGUGCUAUUACAUCUGCUCAGCAAAGGCUCAAACUUUACAACAAAGUUCCUCCCAAUGGGCUUGUGCUUUACACUGGGACAAUUGUGACUGAAGAUGGGAAGGAAAAGAAAGUGACAAUUGACUUUGAGCCUUUCAGGCCCAUAAAUGCAUCUCUUUACCUCUGUGACAACAAAUUUCAUACAGAAGCUCUGAGCGAACUCUUGGAAUCUGAUGACAAGUUCGGCUUUAUUGUCAUGGAUGGGAAUGGGACUCUUUUCGGGACACUGAGUGGCAACACUAGAGAAGUGCUGCAUAAAUUCACUGUUGACCUUCCGAAGAAACAUGGGAGAGGAGGGCAAUCUGCUCUUCGAUUUGCGCGACUUCGAAUGGAGAAGCGCCACAACUAUGUGAGGAAGACAGCAGAACUUGCCACACAGUUCUAUAUCAAUCCUGCCACCAGCCAGCCUAAUGUUUCGGGAUUGAUACUUGCUGGAUCAGCUGACUUCAAGACUGAGCUUAGUCAAUCCGAUAUGUUUGAUCCUCGACUUCAGGCUAAAAUUCUGAAUGUGGUUGAUGUUUCAUAUGGAGGGGAAAAUGGUUUUAACCAGGCAAUUGAACUGUCAGCGGAAAUCCUUUCCAAUGUGAAAUUUAUACAGGAGAAGCGCUUGAUUGGCAAGUACUUUGAAGAGAUAAGUCAGGAUACAGGAAAAUAUGUUUUUGGUGUUGAUGACACACUGAAGGCUUUGGAGAUGGGUGCUGUUGAAACUCUAAUUGUGUGGGAAAGUUUGGAUAUUAAUAGGUACCAGUUGAAAAACUCUGCCACUGGUGAGAUUGUCAUAAAACAUCUGAAUAAGGAGCAGGAAACCAACCAGGACAACUUUAGGGAUGCAGAAACCAAAGCUGAACUGGAAGUUCAAGAUAAAAUGCCACUGCUGGAGUGGUUUGCAAAUGAGUACAAGCGGUUUGGUUGCACUCUAGAGUUUGUUACUAACAAAUCACAAGAAGGAUCCCAGUUCUGCAGAGGGUUUGGUGGGAUUGGUGGUAUCCUCCGAUACCAGCUUGAUAUGAGAACAUUUGAUGAUCUUUCUGAUGGAGAUGUUUAUGAUGAUUCUGAAUAACAAUCAGCCAACCCCACCCCACUGCUGGUGCAGGAGAAUGGGGCUAAAGAGCCUGCACCAGCUGCGCUGCGCCGCUCUGGAAUUUGCCCAAUGCUCAGAAAACUUUCAAAGUUUUAAUCAAGGAGAUCGUGAUAUUUUCCAAGUUAAAACAAGCUUAAUGUGGGGAUGAUGCUUGCUUUUUGUCAUGCAGCUACAUUUUAUCUGGAGUAUGAAAUAUGUUUUUGGCUUGGCCUGGAGUCUGAGAUGUAGCAGAACCAACUUGGUUGAUGAGUGGAUGAGACUGCAGAUAUCUACACAGAACAUUAUCAUUAUCUAUGGUUGUGUUUUUAUGGAUAUACAUGUGCACUUUAAAGAUGCUUUAAGGUUUGUCCUUGUCUUUAAUAAGUGGAAACUUAGUUGAGAUGGGAGAUGAUCAUGACUUUGAUUUUCUUCAUUUACAACUAUUAUAAUUAUGUUUGUUCUGCUCUCUCACCAUUAAUCUCAUUUCAUUUUCUAUUCUGAUCUCAA